AUCGGGCUAAAUUCACUGGAUAGAAACCUACUACACUAUCUGUGUGGAGAUAGCGAUGACCGUUGUCCUGCACUCGCCCCGCCCGCACCAAUCGGUGGAUCUGCUCAUUACGCACAGCUCACUGCUGGUGGCAGGAAGAGCCACUAGACCAUAUACCCAGCCAACUAUGCACAGCUACUACUGGUCAGCUACGGCUGCCAAGAUCCCUAAACGAAACCGAGACGUAGCAUUUGCUUCAAGGCUUAUUAUUCACCAUUGCGGUAUAUGGUGUUCGUCUUUUUCAGCAUCUCCGCCCUCGUUCGGGCCAUAGCCAAAUAGGGAUAUUCCCGUUCCUGCCGUAUGUGGCAACUGCGAUCGCACACCGCGCUUAAUUUCUGACUCAGCGAUAGGCAGCUGAAGGAUUUUUCCCGCGAGCAAAACGGGGAGCAUA